AUGCGCGCGCUUCUGAUCGGCGCCCUUUUCUGUGCCCUAGUGCCCUAUUCUCAACCUCUAAAUGUCCUCAUCUACCAGCCGACAUUCGGCCAUUCACACGUCAAUUUUGUGGGGAAAGUAGCCGAUGUGCUCGUUGCUGCGGGUCAUCAUGUGGUGAUCGUUCAAACGCUUCUCGACCCGAAGCUUGGCCCCGGAACAAAGAAAGCUGAGGUGAUCCGCCUGGAGCUAACUGAAAAGGGCAAAGAAUUGGCUCAUGUCGUGGACGAAACCCAGAAAGUUCGAUGGAUCACGCCGACCUUCUACUUUUUGUCGAUGCGCCAGAUGAUGGUGAAGUUCCGGGCGCUUAAUAAGCAGACCUGCAUGGACGUUUAUGGCAACCAAACGUUCAUGGAUCAGCUUCGGGGCUACAAUUUCGACAUUGGCUUCACACAGCCGUUUGAUGCCUGUGCUCUAGGCCUUUUCCAUGCCCUCGGCAUCGACAAGUACAAUAUACUCCUCUCAACACCACUCAGCAACUCAUUUGCCUCGCUGGCUGGUGCACCCGUCGCAUUGAGCUAUGUUCCUGGAAUGUCCCUUGGCACCGAUGAAAAGAUGAAUUUCUUGGAACGGACGAAGAAUGCCGUAUUCUACCUGUUCGAGCAGUACGCGGUGAGGAACAUGAUGACGCAACUGGAUGACUACUUCAUCUCGCAGGAUCCCACGUAUCCAGGGGGCCUAGCCCAGUAUGCCGGCGCCUGUUUCCUGAUGCCGAAUUCAGAGCCAUUAUUUGAUUUUCCCAGGCCAACCAUACACAAAAUUGUCAACAUCGGCGGCAUCUCAGUUCCCCCAGCAUCCGCGAAAAAAUUAACGAAAGAAUGGGACGAGAUUCUAAACCGAAGGGAACACACAAUCCUCAUCUCCUUCGGGUCGCUCUCAAAGAGCAUCGACAUGCCCGAGGAAUUCAAAGUUGGACUAGUGGAGGCAUUGAAAAGCAUUCCCGAGACAACAUUCAUUUGGAAGUACGAGGACCCCAGCGACGAAACCGCGACAAUCGCUGAACGGCCAUUCACGCCCCAGGAGCUUCUACUUAAAUACACCGAAUUUGCCGCAAAAUACGGCCCAUUCCCACAACUCGAUCCACAUGGCAGACAUCUCUCGUUCGUCACGUAUCAUCUUCUUGACGUUCUCGGGCUCUUCCUUCUUUCCAUUUUUGUUGCCACAUUUUUGAUAGUCUAUUGCCUGCGGAAGCUGUUAUUUUCAAGAAAGCUCAAGAACGAA